AUGGCUUACCUCAGCGGGAUUUCCGAGUUCCUCCAUGCUCCUUUCGUGUAUGACUCAGGACGGGACGGGUACAUCGACCUGAUGGAGCUGAAGCUGAUGAUGGAAAAGCUGGGAGCCCCGCAGACCCACCUGGGGCUGAAGAAUAUGAUCAAGGAGGUGGAUGAAGACUUUGAUGGGAAGCUCAGCUUCCGUGAGGUGAUGCUGAUUUUCCAUAAAGCCGCAGCUGGGGAACUCGAGGAGGACAGCGGCCUGUUGACUCUUGCGAAGCUCUCAGAGAUAGAUGUCUCCAUUGAGGGAGUCAAAGGAGCCAAGAACUUCUUUGAAGCUAAGGUUCAAGCCCUCUCUUCAGCCAGUAAGUUUGAAGCAGAGAUAAGAGCUGAGCAGGAUGAGCGAAAGCGGGAAGAAGAGGAAAGGAAACACCGCCGGGCGGCUUUCAGGGAGUUAAAAUCUGCAUUUACUCAGUAA